UGUGACUAAUUAUUCGAUGUUUUAAGAAGGUGGCAAUAGAGUAUUCUGCUAUGAAUUUUUGUUUUUGCACUUUUUUUAUCUCAUGUUAACUAUCUUUUUUUCUUAGAGAAAAAAAAUAUCAAAUAUAAUUGAAUUACGUGUAUCUGGUAAUCGAAUGUGUAUACCAAAACCGGUUGUGCAUUUUAUACUUUUUUGGGGGUUAUGCUUUGUUUCAUCCACUCCAUAUGGGGCAUUUAUUAAAAAGUAAUUUUCAAUUUGAUAAUAUGCUAUUUUGUGCAAUAAAUUUCACAAUAUAAACAAUUAUUAAACAAAGAAUAAACCCAUCAUCAUCCAUAUAUGUAUUUCAAAUCAUUUUUAUAUUAAUUUCAUAAUGUAAUGAUAUAAAUAAGUUGGAAAUAAAUAUAAAUGUUUUUAUUUUUAAACAAUUUAAGUGUACAUAAAAGAAAUGUACGAGAUUAUUUGUCAUUAUAUAUUACAAACAAAAAGGGACAUAAUUUAUUAAAACUAAUAGGAUUACUAAAUUUGAGAGUAGUAUUUUAUUUACAUGUUCAUAUCUUCAAGGUAAUUUUUUAAUUUUGGUAAAUAAAUAUUAUUUAACUUCAAGUUAUACUGAAAAUCUGUUUUAACAUGUUGUACAUAUAAAAAUCAUUUAUUUUAAUUAAAUCAUAAAAUAUAAUAAAUAAAAAAAACAAACCAUAAAAAUUACAAAGUUUAAAGUCUGACCUAGAAUAAAUACCAUGAGUAAGCCCAAAAUUACAAAUUCAUCGGCAAAUUUAAAUCACCUUUGAAUAGAAAAGACUAUGAAAGUGGAGAUGACAUAUCGGCGGAACGUUGACGGAUCAACGACGACACAAAUGAAUCAAUUUCAAAUGGAGGAUAAAAAGAAACAUUCUUUUUUUUUGUCCUUUGGAGAUAAGAAGAAGAAGAAUUGUAAAAAGGAUUACGAGGAGCAGAUAGUGGUCAAUAUUUUUAAUGUUGUAAACAAAGCUUAACAUGCCUAAAAAAGUUUGAAUGCUUCAAUUUUAAAAGAAUAAUCAUAGAGUCUUCAGAUAUUAAUCUUUAGCAUGAAUCUUUAAACUAUAACACUCCAACCAAGACGACUUUAUAUAGUUAAGAUGUCCUACAACGUACUGUAUCACACAUACAAAUUUCUCAGACCUUUAACCUCAAAUAAAUAGUCAUCCCACAUAAUAACAAAGACGACACCUCACGUGAAGCACAGAUCGACCCUCUAGUAUAUAGAUAUUUAAAAGAUUAAUGAGUUGAAAGAAGAAAAUGUUUUUUGGUUGACAAAAAAAAGAAAAAAAAAAAGAAAAAGUGUUCAAAGAAGAUAGAAAAUGGCGGAAAUGGGCUUUUAAGGAACUACAUAAGCCCACGAAAGAGAAAACUUAGAAAGAGAGUCGGUGAAAGCUCCCAAACAAUUUUAAUUUCCUUUUUCCGCCGGAGAAGAAAUAUCAUCUUUCCCUUGAGAUUCUGCAGAAUCGUGAAAUCUCUCUCUCAUCUUCAAGAUCCGUCUCUGUGCAUCAGAAGCCAGCGAUUGAUGAUGAUACAAAAAGCAAUGUCACCAUCAGAAACAGCGAUCGUCUCCGUUGAUUCCUUUGCAAGCGAUUUCAACCUAAUGGCCGCCACACAGAGACGCGAAGCUCCUCUAGCAGUCCUCUGGGACAUCGAAAACUGUCCCGUCCCCAGCGACGUACGUCCCGAAGACGUCGCCAGUAACAUCCGAACCGCUAUUCAGCUCCAUCCACUGGUCUCCGGCUCGGUGGUCGUCUUCUCAGCCUUCGGCGACUUCAACGCCUUCCCUCGCCGCGUCAGGGAAGGCUGUCAGAGGACAGGUGUCAAACUCGUCGAUGUACCCAACGGCAGGAAAGACGCAGCUGAUAAAGCUAUCCUCCUCGACAUGUUCCUGUUCGUGAUUGACCAUCCUCCUCCUUCCACUAUCGUUAUCAUCACUGGAGAUGUUGAUUUCGCUCCCGCGCUUCACGUGCUUGGCCAGCGUGGGCACAGUGUGGUUGUCAUUAUACCUUCUGGCGUGUACGUUAACCCCGCUUUGACUAGUGCUGGUAAGUUUGUUUGGGACUGGCAAAGCAUUGUUCACGGUGAAGGGUUUGUGCCGUUGCCGAGGCCUCGUGUUGGGACCUAUCUGAUGGGAUGUGGUAGUAAUAAUCUUGAUGGGGCGGUGAAUGAAGAUGAGACGAUUCUUUAUAGAGGUGUGUCUCAGAGUUUUUAUAGUGGUAACUCUAGAGAAGCUUCUUCCUUGAUGGUUUCUCAGUUUCAGAAUGAGUGUAGCAGCAUGAUGCCGUCGUGUUAUCCUCCUCCUGGCCACCUUGAGUCAACCAUGUGGGUAGCGCCUGGAGAUUUGAAUGGUUUGAAGGGACAGCUAGUGAAGCUUUUGGAGCUUUCGGGUGGGUGUAUGCCUCUCAUGCGUGUUCCUUCUGAGUACCAAAGGAAUUUUAGUAAACCUCUUUUUGUAGCGGAUUAUGGUUCGCCUAAGCUUGUGGAUCUUUUCAAGAAGAUGGGUGAUGUGAUUGCUGUGGAUGGCAAAGGCAACAAGAGGUUUGUUUAUCUUCGGAGCUCAAGACCGAGCCGUGCCUCUCCUCCUUCUCCUCCGCCUGUGGUUCUACUGAGGAGAGAGAAUAAAGGCAAAGAUAUCACCAUUACUACCAGUGGAGGAGGAGUCUCAUCUGAUGAACUCUCGGAUACUGGUUCGACUCAGAGCGAGAGGAGCCUGGAAGAGUUCAAGUUGGAGCUGCAAGACAUUAUGGUUAGCUAUGGUUGUCGCGUACGGAUGGAUUGUUUUGAGGCGGUAUACAAGCAAAGGUACAAGAGGUCACUGGAUUACAAUAAGAUGGGAGUGGAUCAGUUGGAGCAGCUUUUUGACAAGUUCAGCGAUGUUGUUGCCAUAUAUGAAGAUCCUGCUACAGGGACCAAACUCAUCAACGCCAUUUAGGGGAGCCCAACUCUGAUGAGACGGUGCGUUUUCUUUCAAGUGUUCUUUCUCAUUGGGAACACCAAUGUCAGCGCUUUGCCUGAGCAGGCCGAGUUUUAUUGUACAUGCUCUUUACUCUUUUUUACUACAUAAGCUUUGUUUCUCUAGUCUAAGCAUUUCUACUGCUCAAUUCUCAAAAACAAAAUAUUUGUAAGAAUUUUAAAGAAUCUUAUCAAGAAAUCAACUGUGAACUAUU